GUUGGAGGCAAGGUUUGCUCCUGGGUGUGCCAUCUGCAGGCAACUGGAGGUGAUGAGACAUCUUGUGGGCUGGGUGUUGCUAGCUGUCUGUAUGUAUGGACUGAAUGCAGACUUGACUCCCUAUUUUCGGCCCCCAAUGGAAGAAUUUCCUGUGCCAAACUGUACCUUUCCGUUCAUCUAUAACGAGGUAAUCUACCACAGCUGCAUCUCUGUCCACAGUGACUAUGAUUGGUGUUCCCUUGAUUAUUAUUUCCAAGGAAGGUGGAGAUACUGCAAAGCAUUUGAUCCUCCAAUGUGUAUCUUUCCUUUCCAAUUUGGAAAAAAGUACAUUUAUGAAUGCACCAAGGAAGGCUACAUUUUGAAUCGGAGUUGGUGUUCAUUGACUGACAAUUACAACAAAGAUAAAAAAUGGAAGCAAUGUUCUCCUUACAAGUAAGAUGAUGGGAGAGGUGGGUCAAUGUCCUAUUAGCUGUGAAAGGAGCAAAGCAUUAGGCUGGUGGGUGAGAAGUCUGAUGACUUAGUCAGGGGGCAGCAGACAUUUCCUGUGAAGUGUCUCCUGUUGACUACAGUGGGCUUAUGUGGUGCUGGUCAAAAACACUCAGCUUGGCUUGGUAGCACAAACACAGUCACAAAAGGACAAGUGUACUGGGUCAUUGGCAAAUCUGACAUGCUGGUGUCCAUUUACAUGUUUUUCUAAUGAUUAUAAAUCACAUGUGUCGCUUUUGUUGUUGCUGUGACAAAUCACCCAAGGAAAGAAAACUCAAUGAAGGAGGGAAGGGUAUCUUUGGGCUACUGUGGUUUGAGGGAACAUAGUCCAUUAUGGUAUGGAUGGAAGGUGCGGUGGUGAGAACAUGAGUCAGCUGAUCACAUUGUGUCUGCAUUCAGGAGAGACAGAGAGGUGGACAGACAGAGAGACAGAUAGAGGCUUGUACUCAGUUGGAUGACUCCUUUUUUCCUGUUAUAGUGACUAAGGCUUCAGUUCAAGAGCUGUUGUUGCCCACAUUCAGUUUUUAGGUAAACGUGUGUUUUUGAAGAGACAGAAGUUACAGAUCCAUCAGAUGUCUCUCUAGAUACAAUUCUUCUUUUAUUGUUAUGGAGCAUUCUGAUAAUAAAUGUCUGUUUUCUUGUC